AUGCGCCAAAGAACCACCUUCAUCCAAAAACCCUCCGCCCCCUUCCACCCCUCCCAAACCACUCUCCAGCGCGACGCCCUAGCAAUCCAAGCUCUCGACGCUGCCCGCGAGGAGCGCCUGACGUUUAGCUUCGAUGAGCUAUCCAGUGAGCUCUGGCAAGUCCUGAGACAAUGCCAUCAACUUCACAUCCGGUGGGCAAGUACGAGCAAUUUUGAGGCCGCUUCACCGUUUUCGAGCCGGAUAAGUCCUGGUUUACAUGUCUUUUACUCGCCGGUCGCUUCUGGGGAAGGGGAUGAGAGGGAGGUAUCUGGGUCGGGGGAAGCAGUGUGUGCAUUGUUGAAGAAGAUAUUUGAUGAUGGGUUGCGAUGCGAGAGUUCCGAGAAAUCGUUCAUCAGGCCCCCGGUCCUUUCUACACGUUUCGCUUCGACAGCUGCAUACCAAUUUCAUGAAUCAUUACCUUCCCUCGAUAACCUGGUUACGUACAUUCAACAGAAGUUUUGUUCUACGGGCGACAAGGGAUGUUAUCAUCGGGCGGAGUUGCUUCUAUCUGUGGAUUCGGUUGAUAUGGACUAUGACAGUAUAUCGCAUGCGUUGACAGUGAGCGGCUAUUGGUCAGAGGCUCCCGGGUCCCAAGGGUGGACGGAAACGAUUGGGACGCGUGAAGCUGGGACCGAUCAGGUGGAGGUUGGGCUUCUAGGUGCCGAACAAGCGAGUGAUCCAGAGGAGAUCAAAAUGGGUGGGCUGUUGGCCGCUGUCGGAAAGGAUGAUGAGUUGAAGCCUGCACUCUUCUCAUUCCCAUCACGACAUCACCCGUUGCCUGAGGACGCGACGUACGCGGUUUCGUUUUCGGCGCCCACCGGAAUGCAUCCUACGAUGACUAUUUUGUUGGCCCGGGAGGCGCUCAAGGUGCCACCGAGUCGGCCCGAUGCGACCUGCGCGCUGCAUGCUUAUCUGACCCUGCCGUCCUCAAUAUUUGGCGACAAGUACCAGCUUUCUACCACGGAUCCGUUGUUCCUCAAGUCCCAUAAUUUGGCCGCACUACACACGCUAGCCGGAGAGACGGACCUCGAGGCACCGGACUGGUCUAUAUCUCGUUGGGGUUCGAACUGGCUGUUCGAAUUAGCCAGUCCGUCCGAGACCGAACAGAGCGCAGAAGAUUGGAACGCCACAAUCCCCCUGCAUUUGCGAUAUCUGCGUCCUUCAGAAUCAGGUUAUCGGUCGGCGUCGGUACCCUGGCCCGUGGUCUUUUGGGCAUGUACGGCGGAAGAUGGCACAAAAAUGGGAACGAACCCGUUUGAUCGGGUUAACUUGGGUUGGGAGGGACUAUUCGGCCCUCGGACCAUGUUCUACCAGCUGCAUCCUUCGUCUGAUCAUGAGAAAGGUGCCCUGGUAGAGGAUCUGGAUGUGCCCGUCCUCACGCUGAAGGAGGGAGGAAGUAUAUUUGAAAGCCAGGUCAUCGAAUUAGGCACCGUCGCCGUCAUAGUUCUUGGCUUUUUGUGGGUGUUAUGGAAGCUGGGCUUAGUGACGCGGUCAUCCGGAAUCAGACCGCAGCAAAAACGGCCCACUGGCAAACAGGAUAAAGCCGAGUAG